GACUGACAGCAGCUGCUGAGAGCCGCGAGGAGAACACACAGAGUAACCGGACAGUUAUAGAUCCGGAAUAUUGACCCGUUAUGCAGACCCGGUACUGACCUGUUUCUGACCCGGUAGCCUAUACGGAUUUGGUACUGAUCCGGUUCAUUGACUCGGUAUACAGACCCGGUACAACCACAGUCUGACUGCAGGAGAUCCGCUGAUCUGCAGCUGGAGCUAACGGAGCUAACAGGCUAACUGACGUUAUCCCGUCAGCUGUUCUCUGACAGUUUGGAGCUAACAGGUUAACAGGCUAACUCUAACCGUACCGGGUCCUCCCUGACGGAGCCGUUCGGACCCGGGUUGUCUCGGAUUGCUGCUAAAGUCUCGGUAACGGAGAGAGAACCGCCGUCAGAGACACGGAGCACCGGAAGCAGCAUGUUGAUAGCCGUCUCUGCAGGAUCCGGACACACGACUGCCAGCGGCAAAAAACACCGGAGGAGAGGAAAGAAGCACCGGAGAGUCCGGCCCGAGGAGCCCCGGCCCGAUGAGCUCUGUGACUUUCAGAGUCUGCCCCCUCCUGCCCCCCAGGACAUCCCCGUCCCCCCCACUGAAGAGUCACACCUGACCCCACCAUACAACUCCAUGUCACCCUCCUUACUCCCCCAGCUGCCCCUACAGAACAGCAACCCCUCCACACCUCAGACCCUCAGCCAAUCCUCUCGGGUUACACUUCAAAGCACGGCCCAUAGUCCUAGCCAAUCAGAGUCUGUGAACCAGAAUAUUACCCAGAGUUCCUUCAGGUCCCCUCACCAAACAGGUCCAGCUGUACCGCACAAUAUUACCCACAAUGCCUCUGACCUGCCGUCUGCUACAGCCCCCCCCUCCCCUCCGCUAAGCCCCUCCCACCAUGACCCCCCCUCACAACCGCUAAGCCCCUCCCCCCUCUUCUUCGGCUCCCUCUGCACACACAUUGGCCCGCAUUCUGUGAUCUCAUCAGCCCCCCCACAGAUGACCACGCCCCACUUGGCCAGGAGUCCACUGCCCCCAGUGUUGACCCCGCCCACAUCCGUGUUAGCCCCGCCCCCUCCAGUGCAGCUGCUGGGCUCUGAUGAUGAGGAGCAGGAAGACCCAUCAGACUACUGCAAAGGAGGGUACUACCCGGUGCAGAUCGGAGACCUGUUCAAUGGACGGUACCAUGUGGUCCGGAAACUGGGCUGGGGACACUUCUCUACAGUGUGGCUGUGUUGGGAUCUGCAGAGGAAGCGUUUCGUGGCGCUGAAGGUGGUGAAGAGCGCUCCACAUUACACAGAGACAGCUGUGGAUGAGAUCAAGCUGCUCCGAUGUGUGAGGGACAGCGACCCCUCCGACCCGUUCAGAGAGACAAUCGUUCAACUGAUUGACGACUUCAAGAUCUCUGGAGUCAACGGAGUCCAUGUGUGUAUGGUUCUGGAGGUGUUGGGUCAUCAGUUGUUGAAGUGGAUCAUUAAGUCAAACUACAUGGGGCUUCCUCUGGUGUGUGUGAAGAGCAUCAUUAGACAGGUGCUGCAGGGCUUGGACUACCUGCACAGGAAGUGUAAGAUCAUCCACACAGACAUCAAGCCGGAGAACAUCCUGCUGCAGGUGGACGAGCUGUAUGUAAGACGCUUAGCUGCCGAGGCUACACUGUGGCAGAGAGCUGGAGACCCGCCCCCCUCAGGAUCCUCAGUUAGCAUGGCUCCUAGGGACGACCAGGAUGGUAGGCUGUCUAAGAACAAGAAGAAGAAGUUGAAGAGGAAAGCAAAGCGACAAAACAGACUGCUGGAGGAGAGACUGCACAAUAUACAGAAGAUGGAGGAGGAGGACGGUGUGUUACAACCUGACCACACACACACUAGCUGCUUACCUGUAGUCAACGGCACCACUUCCUGCUCCACAGCCAAUAGCAAGGCGAGCCCGGACAGCAGCUGCUCCUGGUUAGACGACAGGUGUAAUGACCACGACCCCUGCCGGUUCUCCAGCCCUGCCUCCGGCCAAUCAGGCUUCUCCAGCUCUGUGAUGUCAGUGACAUCUGAGUCAGCAAUCUCCACUCAGUCAGGAUACUCAAGUGGGAGAGAUGUGUCCAGUGCUUCAGACUUUGUCCUCAGUCCUCUGGAUCCUCACAACGCUCAAAGGCUGAGGGUGAAGAUCGCUGAUCUGGGAAAUGCUUGCUGGGUACACAAACACUUCACAGAGGAUAUUCAGACCCGUCAGUACCGAGCCCUGGAAGUUCUGAUUGGAGCAGAGUAUGGACCGCCUGCUGACAUCUGGAGCACCGCCUGCAUGGCGUUUGAGCUGGCCACAGGAGACUACCUGUUUGAACCUCAUUCAGGAGAAGAUUACACCCGAGAUGAAGAUCACAUCGCUCACAUCAUCGAGCUGCUCGGUGCCAUCCCUCUGCCCUUCGCUCUGUCUGGCAGGUACUCCAGAGAGUACUUCGACCGGAGAGGGUGUCUGCGGCACAUCUCGUCCCUGAAGCCGUGGGGUUUGUUCGAAGUUCUGCUGGAGAAGUACGAGUGGCCUCUGGAGCAGGCGGCGCAGUUCAGCGACUUCCUGUCCGCCAUGUUGGAUCUGCAGCCGGAGAGACGGGCGACAGCCGAGCAGUGUCUGCAGCAUGACUGGCUACACACACACUGACAAACACACACACACCCACACACACACACACACACUGACAAACUUACACACACACACACACACACACACACACACACACACACACACACUUUGUUCUCAUUUGGUGUUUCCUGAGUGUGUGUUUGCCGGUUUCGUUUCCCGCUCUUUUUAACCUCAGUGAUGAACACACUGCAGCCUCAGAUCACCUUUGACCUCUCACCUAUUUCUACCCUCACAUAAAUAGUGCCUUGAAACACCACGCCCGUCCACUGACAUCACCGUGACAUCACUGUGACAUCAACAUGACAUCACCGUGGCAACAGUUUUUUACGUGUGUGUUGAAUUUCUUUUUCUGUGGAAAUAAAGAUGACCGACA